CUCAGGCAUAAACAGCCAGGAGCUCGGCUCGCUGUGCAUGACGGGAGUGUAGUCUUUCAGAGGUGAUGCUCUGGGGAACACAAACUGCAAGGGGACUACAUUUCCCGUGAAGCUCGGCGAAGGGAAGCUUAUGGCCGCUGCCUGGGAUGUGCACAUUUUUCAGCUGGAUACAUUCGUUUGUCUACAGAGGAGGGUGAGUGACGUGUGAGGGGUCUCUGGUGCUGGGAGGCCUGGGUAGAGGUCUGGCAUGCCAUCCUGUGCCACGAGGCAGAGGUUCUGUAAUGUGCACAUGUGUGAUUGGCAUGUAAAAUGCCAGGUGUGUUUUCCUGUGCACUUUGGUUCUCAUUGUGCACUUUAUUUGUAGGUUUGUUUAUUAUUAUUAUUAUUACUACAGUAGUGUUGGAAUAAAUAGAUUAUAUCAGUCAGGUUGUUUAAUAUGGUGCCACAUUUAAAUUUAAUAAUCAACAUAAGCAUCCUGCUAGUGCUAUAGGUAUUUUUUUUCCUGAGUUGUUUUUUUUGCUGUAAAGAGGACCACUCUGCUUUCCAUCCAUAGCAACCAUAGCACAUGUGCGGUGGUCACCAUGCAAACAACCAAACCAGCGCAGGCUAGAGAGUAUAGGAAUGGAGUUGCAAUUCAACACUCCAUUCAGAAGCUGGCUUUGGUGUCAUUGUGGAAGUUUGCCCAUUUUGCUGGUGUGUCCAUAAGCACGGUAUAUCCGUGAACAGCAGAGGAGUCCGUAGGUGGGUGUUGCAGAAGAUUGCGGUGGGGCAACCGAGGUUUAGGUAAGUGGUUACAAGUUCACUUUAAUAAAUGCUCGUUUGAGCAGGGACUUCAUCAACCUAAUGUUCCUGUAGCAUUUUGUAACGGUCUCAUUUAUUGUUGAAUUUCCCCCUUUUUAUAAUAUUGUAAUAAGCUGGCACUAUAUAAAUGCCAAAAAUUAUGGCAAAUUGCUAACCAGCUGUUUUCUAUUAGGCUAUUUAAAACAUAAUGUGGUUAAGGGAUCUGACACUACUGACAGGGGGUCCAUUAAUGACCUUGCAACUUUCUCAUUUAUCUGACUGUCUGGUCAGAUGCCUGGCAACUAUCGCUAGAUGUUUAGUGUGUGACCAGCCGAUCUGGUAAUUGAACAGCUGGCUGCAAAGGUCAGUUAAUGUAUAACAAGAUUCCUCAUUAGCUGGUGCCCAGCUAGUGUAAAGGGGGCAGGAGGGUGACAGAAUGCCAUAUCCCCACUCAUUGUCUACACACUUCGUGCUGGAUCCUCAAUAGAGAGUCUUGCCUGGCCACACCACAUUAGAGGUAUUGAAAUGCCAGUGUAUUUGUGAUUGAUUGUGUAUGUAUACAGGGUGGCGCAAAAGUAGGUAUACAGUAUAGUUCAUGUGCAUUUUAUUACAUUUAUAUUAGUUAAACACUAUUUAAUCUUGUAAGAAUUGUCUUCUAUCAACGUUACAACAUUCCUCAAACCUGUCCAGUGUACUGUGACACACAGAAUGACUCAAAUUCUGGUCUGCAUCAAUGUCUGUAAAUGUUUCAGUGAUGAACUCUUUUAAUUUAUCCAUUGUCUGGGGCUUCCUCUCAAAAACCCUAUUCUUUACUACACCCCCAAAAAAAGUCCAUCGUUGUUAAGUCGGGUGAUCGUGGUGGCCAUUCAGUUGGAUCGUCCGAUCCAAUACUGUGGGAAUGUGUUGUCAAGAUAGUCCCUCACUGCAAAAGCAUAAUGAGGUGCCCAAUCUUGUUGGAAGAGCAGUUCGGUGAAGUUAGUCCUGGUUCUGAGUUUUGUCAAUACCAUGUCACACAACAAGUUUGGGUCAUUGUUACUACAGUCUUGGACAGUACAGCUUCAAUUUCAAUUUCCGCAUUAAGUGUUGCAAGGACAUUCUCUGUAUGGAUUGCUGCCGAGACACACGUUUUAGUGGAUGUUUUCGGACUGUUCACUAAUGUCAAAGCGACUCAUUUCAUUUUCCUCUGUCAUAGACGUCAUAAAACAUACAGAUUUCGGUGCAUUAACCACUGCACCCGUUGCUUCAAAUUUAUCUCAAAUACGAUAAAUUGUCAGACAUGUUAGUGGAGAAGUGUCAAAUGCUUCUUGCCACGCUUUGUGCACUCGCUCUGCAUUUUCAGCCUUCCAGUAUUGCUUUAGAAUCAAAAUUCUUUGUUCUUGACUCAUGUUUGCUGUUAUCAUUCACAAUAACAGUAAAGAAAAAUAAUUAAUCUGCUCUCCCUUAUUCCUCCCAACUGCCACACUGAUAUUUAAGUGUGUGUGUGUACCCAUAUAAUCUGUUGUGAGGAAUUUCAUUGAUUCAACUGUAUGUAUUUUCAGGUGUGUGUGUGUGUGUGUGUGUUUUUUUAGGUCAUAUGUACUGCAUCUGUAACAACAUUUUUCUAAUUUUUCCUGUAAAUAAAUGCAAUUAUUUAUGUUUACCAACAGAUCACUGUUUAUCCUUUUGUGUUGUACAGAAGUGCAUCACUAUUUAUACUGAUAUAGAAAAUGAAGCCAUUUCACCUUCUAAAUGCACACUGCCGUAGAUUAAAAAGUUUUCUAAUGAAACAAGACUCCUUUCCAGCAUUUUUGUCAACGUCUUGCCAAGCCCUGAGCAAGAAAAAAAAGGUGAACGGUUAUGAGGACAUUAACCAGGAGAAAUAUGCAAGUUUGGUUCAGACAGUAACAACCUCCAAAUACAGACACCAGACUCCUGAUAAAAUAUUUGAAGAAGACAGCUUCUUAUACGGCAAAGUAGUGAAAACAAAGUCUUCACAGAAAACCUCUGAACCUAAAGUUCCUAAGAAACUAUUUCCACUCAGUAACCCCAACAAGGUAAUUUUAUCGGUGGAGAAGACAGAUCCUAGCAUACCCCUGAAAAUCAGUUUGCCAUCUAGGAGCCAAAUGACAAAUGGUAAUGUGCCUAGUGUCACUCGAAUUCUUCAGCAGACCAUGCCGAUGGAGCAGGCGUUUUACCUGGAGAGGUGGAAGCAAAGAAUGAUCAUGGAAUUGGGAGAAGAAGGCUUCAUUGAAUAUACUGCAGGUUAAUAAAAAUCUUUUAUGGCCACCUUUUUACUUGUUAUUAUAAGUAAACAUUUUGAUAAAGAUACAGAGCCUCUUUAUGGAAUAUUAUGGGUAAAUGCACAAUAUGAAGAAAUUCUACACUUAGAUAUUGUAGAAUGGAGUAGAUGCUUUUAAAGAGUUACUCCAAGCACCAUGACAACUGCACUGCCUGGAGUGUAAAUGUGCAGCAUGUCAAUAUGAAACAUUGCACAUACAGAGCUUAACCCUCUGUGAAGGUGUAACUCAACCUCCUUAAUCGCCAUAGGGGCAUUACAAGAGUUCUGGGCUGACUAAUGUCAGUACUGUGACGAUUUCUAUGCACAGAGUUGCUUUCAUUGCCUGAGAGCCAUCAGCUGACACUCUCGACUAAUGAAGAGCCAAUCGGAUCAACAUCUGCAGAAGUCAGAUGCACGUGUCUGGUAGGGACCUAGGAAAGCAAACCUUAAAGGACCACUAUAGUGCCAGGAAAAUAAAAUUUGUUUUCCUGGCACUAUAGAGUCAUUAGGUCCCCCCCACCCUCAGGGCCCCCUUCAGCCACUUACCUUCCUCCAGUGCCGGGCUCCCUCUGUGCUGGGAACUCUCCACCCCCUGCCGACGUCAGAUCUGAAUGCGCAUGUGCAGCAAGAGCCGCGCGCAUUCAAACCGCCCAUAUGAAAGCAUUAAUUAAUGCUUUCCUAUGGACGCCCAGCCACUUGACUAGAGGAUGGAUUAACCCUCAGUGAAACAUAGCAGUUUAUCUGAAACUGCUAUGUUUUCAGCUGCAGGGUUAAAACUAGAGGGACCUGGCACCCAAACCACUUCAUUAAGCUGAAGUGGUCUGGGUGCCUAUAGUGGUCCUUUAACUGAGGAGUAAAAGUUUUAGUAAUGUUGUCGGCUUAUAUCUCAUUAUUACAUACAUGUAUACAUCUCAAACUAUGCCUAAGAAAGUGGUCUUAUAUAUGUACACAUAAUUUUAUUAUGCACAUCAAUCAAAGCUUUUUUUUUAUCCUUAAUAAUACCAUAUAUAAAAUGUGGCAUUUUUAUUUUUACAUAAAUAUGUGCAAAGCCAAAUAAAAUGCAAAAUCAAUAUAUACAACAAACUCUUAACAUUUGGCUUAAUUACUGAGAACUUCAAAUUUUUAGAGGGAAAAUAGCUGACUUUGAUAAAAUUUCCAUUUAGGUAAUUAUGGUCUAACAUUUGAAAUUCAAUUUGGUGAAUAACCAUGUGAGAAAUGUUUUGAAUUUUAAGUGAAUUUCAAUUUUAAGGCCAACAUUGAAAUAAUAGCUGAUUGGGAUAUUUUUUCGAUUCAAAUCUUACUUGGAGUGCCUGAUGAUUCUAACCAUAGUGAAUAACUCUGACAGUGUUGUAAAUAACACUCUGAAGCACUCCUGCACAAGCUAUGCCCUCCUUAUAUGUCUUGAACUACAACUCCCAUGAUUCCCUAGCUAUCUGUUUCAUUCAAAGAAUCAUGGGUUUUGUAGUUCAAAACAUCAUAGUGGGCCACUGGUUGUGCAGGACUGCGUCUGAAGGAUGGCCAGAAUGUGCACCACCGCUGUGUACAUCCUUAUUUAAUUUGCCUGCUGCUUCUCAGGGAAACUCUGACAGAGUUAUUCACCAAAGUGUGAUUUAUUUAUUUUUUAAAUUAUUUUUUUGGGGGGGUGUAGGGAAUCAAAUUGAAGAUUUAAAAUUUUGUCCAGAACUGAAAACAAAACAGAAUUGGAGAAGUCUUCCAAUUGAGCUAUUUUGACCUACAAUCUAAUAAUUACUUUGAACUCCCAGCUCUUCUCCCUUUAGUAGUGACACCUUGUCAUUAUUUUCUGAAAGGUAUCUGAAUGUACUGAUGGGCAGGUUAAGCAUUGAAUCCACUAGAAAAACAGGAAUGGCAUUUACCCUAUACAUUGGAUAGUAAUCUAUCUAGCACAGUAGAUGGAUUACAUUUUGUUUCCUAUCUGAAGAAGACUGUAUCACAUUUAUUGGUGACAAAGCAUCUUUUUGUGUCUUUAAGGAACACUAUAGGGUCAGGAACACUAACAUGUAUUCCUGACUCUAUAGUGCUAAACCCCCUUACCAGUUACCACCUUACAUAAUCAGAAUUGCCGAUUUUUAGCAUUGGAUUGGCUAAAAUCGACAUUGGAUCGGGGCCAAAUGCUGUUUUGGCCAAUCAGCACCUCCUCAUAGAGAUGCAUUGAAUCAAUGCAUCUCUAUGUGGAUAAUUCAGUGUCCCUGACACUGAACAGCCGAGCUGCCUACUGUGCCAGUUAGAGGUGUCCCUAGGGGCAAUGUAAACACUCUGAAAAGGCAGUGUUUUCAUAAAAAUACCUGAAGGCAAUGAUUAUACUCACCAGAACAACUACAUUAAGCUGUAGUUGUUCUGGUGACUAUAGUGUCCCUUUAACAUCUAGAAACUAUUGGACUGUAUUGUGAAAACUCCUAAUUUCAAGCCCACUAGUACAUUCCACUAAUUGGUGAUGCAAAGUAUUCACAAAUUGUCCAGAUAAUUUUAGAUCGUUCUUCUAAACUCAUUCAUUUGUAGGAAUUAGAUCAGUUUUGUUCCAGACUUCCAUCAAUCAAUGCACAGCUAAUACAAUUUGUUUUAAUGGUUUUUUUUGUUUGUUUUUUCCAAGCUCUCUUUUCACAGGGCAAACUUUUCCAUGUAGAAUUAGAAGAGCUCCUUCUGUCCCAAGAAGACUUCAGCAUAAAGCAAGAAGAGCUGUCUGGAUAUCUAGCCAGUGUCCAGCAUGUAUUGGGAGACAUUGUUGGUGUAAAGUCACUGGAAAGUGCUGUCUGUCACUCUGAGCUCGGCUACUUGGGCCUUGUAGACUGUGUGGCUAAAUACAGGUAAUUUAUAGUGCUUUUCUUCUAUUCUCCAGAUAAUUUUUAAAAUUCACUAUUUGUUUAAAGUGGACCCAUGAUCCAAAAAAAUGUGAAACGUAAGUGGUUGAAAAGUAUAAGCAUCUAGACCCUUUAUUGAUAUCAGCUUUAACUAUCACAAGGCCUAUAGUGACCUCAAAAUGACCUGUAAUAUCUUUUACAAUCGUUUUGUUAUUCACCCAAAUAUUGUAAUUUGGCUCUCUUCUGUGUUUAAGGAAUAAACCCUACUGGAAAACAAUUUAUUUGUCUAGUCACUGUUUAGGCGACAGGCCAGUGCUGACAGUUUUAUUUUAUUUUUAAUUUUUUUACCUUUUUCUCCUGCACAGCGCUGGUCUCCACAGUGGAACUCUGCCUCUUUGGCUGAGAUCACUGAGAUCGAUUAUGUGAGCCAAUGCAAUGCUUUCCCAUAAGCUGUGCGGCAAAAUGAGUCCAUCUGAUUUAAAAUAGACGUCUGUGCUGCUAUUUCACUAGGGGGCAGGGUAACCGUGCAAAGUAAACUUUGCUAUUCCUGUAUAACAGCAAUGUUUUCAGUGUUUCAUUUCUCAUCUUCUCUGUAUGCUUCCUCUGUACUCACGUGUAAAGGGCAGAGCUUAAAAACAUUGACCGACAAGGAGCCAAGAUGGCGGUACCCAGUUGCAAAAUAAAGAGAUGUGAAAACUAAAUGUAGAAAUCCACACCUCACAAAUACAUACAUGGCAAAUGACUGUUUUUCAGUUUUUUUCUUUUUAUAACCAACGCAGUUUGCUUUUAAAAAUGUUGUAUUGUGUUUUCAUUCUUGUGAAUGAAUUGGCAGGCUUGCAGAUACAGUUGAUCAUGAGUAAAGCAUCAUAAGUGAUAUAAACCUUUUGUCUAUUUUGAAAUCUCAGUGGAAUAAAUACAUGAUGCAAUAAGUCUCAUCCCCGCAAAGGGCCAAAACUCCUUGCUUUUCCAACCUAGACCUCAUGGUGGGUUCCUUUUGGGUGGUGCUGUGUGCAGAUUUUUAGCAAAGUUAAAAAAAAUGCUAGUGCCGAGCUAUUGUGGCAAAACGGAGCUUGUUGUAUAAAAUAGUCCUGGAAAAUAAAUUUAUGUAUUUUGGCAUAAUGGCCCUUUCAGCUGUUGACUAUAGUGCAUUCUUGCAAACAGACAGCUUGGGCACAUGCGUUUCAUGUUCAAGCUGAACGUUGUCUAUUCAUUCUUUGCAGGGACAAGCUAUGUGUGAUAGAUUGGAAGACAUCAGAGAAACCCAAACCACAAUUAAGAGACACCUUUGACAAUCCACUCCAGGUUGCUGCAUAUAUUGGUGCAAUAAAUCACGACAAUAAUUAUAACUUUCAGGUAAGUGAAUUAGCUCACAAAGAGAGACAGAAUGUCUGCAGGCAGUGCAGAAGAUGGAAGUGAUAGUUUAAUAUAGUGAUCGUAGCUCACCAUUGGUGGAAUAAGAGUUUAGGUGCAAAAUGUUUGGUAUUGUUACUUCUGGAAAAUAUCUCUGGUUCCAUGGGUUACUAGGAUCAUAGUGGGAGUAAAGUCUACAAAGUGACCAUGCAAACCCAGAAUGAAAUUAUUAAUGGAACAUUACACUGUUUUUUUUGUUUGUUUUUUUUAUUUUGUGUGUGUGUGUGUUUUUCGUAGUCCUCUCCACCCUCCAAAAAAGGGGUAUAUUUACUAAACAGUAAAAAAACACAUUUCAGUAGCAGAACAAACGUCUAAGAGUCUAAUGUCGUCUUUGUAAGCAAGUAGUGCUGCAAUGGUCUGUACAAAGCUUCACAUGGGAGAGUGCUGCUAAAUAGUGCAUAUGAAGUAGCUGACAUUUGGCUAGCCAUCCAUUUAUUUUAUGUGGGAGUACUUGACAUAUCCCAUAAUUCCUUCUGUUGAUUAGCAGCUGUACUAUCUCUUCUACAUCUUUAUCUUGGACCAAAGAGAGCUUGAGAUUACUUUUAAUACAUCUCUAAUGGACCUUUUAACACUUACAUGCUACAGUGCUUUUUGUUUGUGAUUUUUUUUUUGUCUGUUACGCAUUGUUUUGCCUUUUGAAAAGAGGGUUUUUAAUAAAUCUACUAAACCUCGUUGUUCUUUCAGGUUGAUUAUGGGUUGAUUGUAGUGGCGUACAAAGAUGGAUCCCCUGCCCAUCCACACUUUAUGGAUCCUGAUCUCUGCUUGCACUACUGGAACAAGUGGCUACUGCGUUUAGAAGAAUACAUAGAGAAGAAAGAGGGAAAACAAUAGCAAUGAUAUUGCUAGGUUGACAAUAAUUGCUUAGCCUAUAGGAGUGUGAAAACAAUUCAUCAUUCCCCACUUGCAGUCCCAUUAUUAUGUGCUCUAAUGUUUUUAGUGUCAAAACCACUUCACCUUUCUGAAUUGGUAAUGGUGCCUGGAGUCCAUUAGUGCCAUCCCAUUAUUCAGUAUUAAACCAAUUACAAACAGUUUAACAGUAAAUAACUGUUUGUGGCUACUAGCACCCUGGCUGCUUGGGCCUUCCAUUUUAGUCCAAGUAAUAAUAAGGCAACUUUGCUGGUAUGACUAAUAAUACAGAGUCACUCCACAUUGGCCCUUUUUCAAUGUCACAAUUAUUGAAAUUGGUUCAACACCGAACAGUCAAACAGAGCCAGGAGACUCCAGGCACCAUAAACCCUUAAGUGAUAUGAAGUGGUUAUGGUAGGUACCUAGAGCAUGCUUUCAAUGGAUUAUCUGUUUACAAACGAGUUAUGGGCCAAAGUGAAUCUCUCUAUACGUAGAGCCAAAAUAUGAAAUGUGUUGCCAAUUAGAUGGUAAUAAUGUUGAAUGUUAAUUGUUUUGUCAAAAAAAAGGUAGAGGGAUUUCAGACAUUAAUUGAUACAAGGGAACUUUGUUUAAUUUAGUUUUACAUGUGCUGUGGUUACAAAUUCUAAUUGUUGUAGUUAUUUACAGUUGAUUAAUUAGUUGCAGAAAGUAAUUUUAGAAAUAAGUAAUAGUAUUUACUGUUAUAAUACAAUUGAGUGGGGCUGGUUCCUCAUGUUAGUAGGAAGAGCUAUAUUUAUAAUGAGGAGUUAAGUUGGACGUGCGCACAGUUGUUGAGAAGACCUGGGUAAAAGUAAAAAUAUUUGGAAGUUUCAAAAUACCCUAUGCCUUAAUGUAAUAUUGCAAUUAUAGGUCUCUCCCCAAUGCUUUCAUUCUGCGGCAAUAGUUAUAUUUUGCAUUUUUAUUCUUAAGGGGUAAUACACACUCCUCCCACUCAUAAUAAUAUCUGCUUGAUCUAAUAUCAUGUAAAUUGGACAUAUAUUAAAGAUGAAAAUAUAAUUCAGAUUUUUCUUGUAACAAGAAAGUGGCUACAUGUAGUGUUGUCUGUUUUUUUUCCACUUAUUACAGCUGGCCAGUGUUUUAAUGAAAUGAGUUUGUCAUUUAUAACUUUUUUUCCUUAAUAGAACUAGUUAACAUUUACACUUUCUAAUACUACUACUGAGAUUAUCUUUCAGUUGAAUCUAGAUUAAGCUUUCAAUCAGCUAUAAAUCAGUAGGGACUGAGAC